AUGGCAACGGAGACGAGUCGUCCGACAUGGAUGCGCGUGAUCAUGAUCGCAGUUGACGGUAGCGAGGCAAGCAAGAAGGCAUUGAGCUAUUCAAUAACAAAUGUAUUUGAUGCGAAAACUGACUACGUCAUCAUCAUCGCCAAGCUGCAACGAUCAGAGACGACCAUCGCAUCCGGCGCGCAGAGGCUCUUGGACGAGGCGUUGGCGGAGGUGAAGUCGGCUCACCCGGGCAUCCAGGUGGAGGCGAUGCUGGGCGAGGGAGAUCCGCGAGACGUGCUGUGCGACCGCGCCGCUGAGGACUUUGUGGACUUCAUCAUCGUCGGAAGCCAGGGCAAGACCGCUCUUACGGUGAGACAACCACGCUUGCUCAGCUCCUACGACGCAGUAAGAUGUGUGUGCGUGGGUGGGUGUGCGGGGGUGAAUGUGCGGCCACGAGGCGUACAAUCUCGACCCAAUCAGCCUGUCUCCCGACCUGCUGCAGCAGCGGUAGUGUCAGCAGCCGCAGGUGCUACUGCUAGGGGAAAAGACGCAAUGGAAGUAGGGGGCAGCGGCCAGGCGCAGGUGUGUGCGCAGUACUCACUGGCGGAGGUGGUGAAGGAGAUGGCGACGAAGAACCAUCCGAACCUGGUGAGGCUGGUGGGGUACUGUCUGGACUUCAGCCCUGUGACGGAGAGGAUGGAGCAGAUCGUCAUCUACGAGUUCAUGCCCCAUGGCGACCUCGAGCACUGGAUCGGCCCUUGUAAUUUCUCUCCUCUACAAAUAGGCCUAUACUCUUCUCUCUCUUCCUUCAUCGCAGUUUUGCACUGGUGA